AUGCAGACUGAACUGCACAUUGUGCAUAAGGGUUAUCAUCAUGUAGUCCACAUGGGUAAAGGGCUUCGCCAGGGUUGCAGCAUUGCUCCGAUGAUAUAUGCUGCAUGGACAUGUCGACUCUGCCAACAGCUGGAGCAGCGCUUGGGUGCAGGUUGGCCUGGCAAACAUCUGUCGGUCUACGCGGAUGACAAGCAUGGCUACUGGACCAUACGGAGUAUCAAUGACCUCACGGAGGCUCGCCGACAACUGGGACUGCUCAUUCACACCAUUACUGAGCUUGGCAUGAAGGUCAAUGGAGCUAAGUCCAGGGUGGUCCUUGUCCUAAAGGGAAGACUGCAUGCUCAGCUCAUGAAGCGGUGUACCAAAUACUGGAAAGGUCACACCUGUUUGAUUGUCAACAGCCCUGCGGGAACCAUGUAUAUUCCGGUUCAGCCGAAUCUUGAAUACCUUGGAGUCAAGCUCAGCUACGGCAGAUUCGAGGUUCAGGCUGCGCAACAUCGUGUGCAACAAGCUCAUGCUGUCUUCAACCAGCUCAAGGCGCCUCUGAGAAUCAAUGGCCCACUUAGUAGGAGGCACCGGUUGCGACUAUACAAAGCCUGUGUUAUGCCGUCGCUCUUGUAUGGGCUGGUGAGUGUUGGAUGCAACAUGGAGACUGUCAAGCUCCUCUCCAGCACCAUCUCGAGGCACUUGCGCAAGGUCCUUCGCAUCCACGAGAAAGGGGUCUCCAAUCAAGCUGUUCUUCAGCAGGACGUUCUGCACAACUGCGGCUACGUGAGGGCGCUCGAGCCGAGCACCUACUUCAGCAAUUUCAAAGAGUGCAAGAAGUGGGUCAAUCCCGUCUGGAUUCCUCACUUCUCAAGAACAUACCGGAUGCUGUUUCUCACCCGUAAGAAUCUGGAUAAUGUAAUGGCUGAGGUCAUUUUGGAGGAAACCAAAGAUCCUCCCCCUCCACCAGCAGCAGAGUGGAAGCAGGAGCUGCCUCCUGCACUGGUCAAUGUGUACUUUGCCGGCAACGCAUUGCUGGCUCAGGCCAUAUCAAAUCUCACUGGCGCACAGGCCAAGGACUCCAAAGCACAUUCUCGCAAGUGCCCCAGCUUCUUUCAGAUUGCAGACAAGUCAAAUCCUCAGUAUCUCAACUAUGUCGCUCCUAUUCAGCGUGCUCUACAAGGCAAGCUCAUCUUCGCCAGCAGUACAGGCAUCACGCUUGGCUCCCUGGAGGCAACUGUCACCCUUGCCAAAAAGGCGGCCGACAAGGGCACUGCUCUCAGACUCCAGCUGCGGGCUCAAGGGGACAUACCGAUUCCCAUGCCUAUUCUUCGAACAGCCCGAGACCUACAGGAUAUCAUCUACCACUGGCACCAAUCAGGUCAAGCUCGCAAGCUCACAACGGCAAUUCGCUUUGACAGGCCAAUGUGUAUGUUCUAUGGCUCCAGAGUUGCUAAUCCCAUUCUCCCCUCACUGGCCCCAUCCCUUUUGGUGCCUUUAUACAUGGCGGGUGCAGAAGAGAAUCCAGAUGCCACCAUGAAGGAGACUGAGGAACUGGAACUUCGGAUGUUCCAGAACUACUUUCCAGCGGGAAUCGAUCAGAUCUCCACAGUGGCAAGCGAAGGGACCCUGGAUGGCAGUGACAGGGGCCAGCCUACACCCCGCCUUGGAUCUGGCAACAAGGGCCAGCAGCGUGGCAAGGGGCCCACACCAGAGGAGGAGAAAGAUCCCUGGGCAAACUGGGGGUCGGCGAAACGUGGAUGGCAACAGUGGGACCAGGAGAAGCAAUCCCAAAUUAACAGGGAGGCUUUGAGGGAGGAAAUCAGGCAGCUCAAGGAGAGCAUGUUCCAGCUGCAACGCCUCGCCUUGAGGCAUGAGGAUUACCUGGGAGGUUUUCGUCCGGAGACCUCGUACGCCAUCUUCAUGCGGAUGGGCGUCCAUGCCUCUGUGGUCCCAGCCAUUUUUCGAGCCCAGCAAGCAUGGCGAGAGCUGAAAGAAGCUGAGCCUGAAAAGGUAGACAAGCCUAUGAGGGAUCCGAAAGUGGAGCGCCUCAAGCAAGACGAGACGAAAGAGCCACUCCCAUUUGCCAAGGGCGUGGCUACGGUGGAGGCCAUCCGUCUUCUUGUGAGCAG